GAGACAGUUACUUACCAACGGCGCAACACUCAGCAACAGCAGCAGCAUCUGGAGUCACGGCGGAGUGGGAGAAAGGUGGAAAACAGAGCAGAGCUCGGGCACAACUUUUACUCAAGGCGAAGGAUGCAGAACUCUGAGGGAGGGUCCGAUACCACGACAAGCGUGGCAGCAUUGCGGACAUCAUCAUCAGCUCAGGCUCCUGUGGUCCAGCCUGUUCCAGCCUCUCAGCAGAGGGUGCUGGUUCAAGCCACAGGCUCAUCUCAGAAAGGAGGACAAGUACAACAGCUUUCAGUACCCAGGGUCCAACAGGUGCCUCAGCAGGUGCAACAGGUACAACAUAUAUACCCAUCCCAAGUCCAGUACGUAGGAGAAAGUGGAGAUGCUGUUUACACCAAUGGGACUAUCCGAGCAGCCUAUUCCUACAACCCUGAGACUCAGCUGUACGGGCAGAGCAGUGGGGGAACGUACUUUGACUCUCAGGCUGGUGGAGCCCACGUAACCACAGUGGUGUCCUCCGCCAGCGGCGGUGCCCCCCCUCACGGCAUGGUCGGCAUUGCCAUGGAUGUGAGUAGUAGCCACAUCAUCUCAAGUGGCAGCACCUACCUGAUCCAUGGUGGAAGUAUGGAGGGAGGUCGCAACCAUGUGUCACACUCCUCACGCUCCUCCUCAGCUAUGCUUGAAAUGGCGAUUGAAAACCUCCAAAAGUCUGAUGGAAUUGCAAGUCACAAAAGCAGCCUGCUCAACAGCCAUUUGCAGUGGCUGCUGGACAACUAUGAGACAGCGGAGGGAGUGAGCCUUCCCCGGUGCUCCCUGUAUAACCAUUACUUACGGCACUGUCAGGAGCAGAAGCUGGAUCCGGUCAACGCAGCCUCCUUCGGCAAACUCAUCCGGUCGGUGUUUAUGGGCCUGAGAACUCGCCGCCUGGGCACCAGAGGCAACUCUAAGUAUCAUUACUAUGGUAUCCGGGUGAAGCCAGACUCACCGCUCAACCGGCUGCAGGAGGACACCCAGUACAUGGCCAUGAGGCAGCAGCCGGUCCACCAGAAACAAAGGUUCAAGCCUCUGCAGAAGGUGGACAGCAUGUCCGACAGCCUGUGUGUGAGCUCGCAGCACUGCAGCAGCACUCCAGAGCAAUCUGUGGCCGCUCAAAGCCAACACCACCAGCAGUACAUAGAUACGUCUCACAGCUUACCUCCCUUUCCCUCUCCUGACCUGGGCACCCAGCCUUUACCUGAGCGCAUCAACAUGAAUGACAUCAAGAAGCUGCAAACGCUCUACAGAGACCACUGCGAGGCUACUCUGGAUGUGGUGAUGAAUCUCCAGUUCCACUAUAUUGAGAAACUCUGGCAAACCUUUUGGUAUUCGACAUCGCCAUCUAGUGAUGGAAGCACAACUAUCACCAGCAGUGAUGACGACAUGGAGGGUGUCAUUCCCAGCGAGAAGCUCGUGGCUCUGUGUAAAUAUGAACCGAUCAGACUAUGGAUGAGGAGCUGCGAUCACAUCCUGUACCAGGCCCUGGUGGAGAUCCUCAUCCCCGACGUGCUGCGUCCCGUUCCCAGCACUCUUACUCAGGCCAUCCGAAACUUUGCCAAGAGUCUGGAGGGCUGGCUGACUAACGCCAUGACCAGCUUCCCACAGGAGAUUGUUCGCACAAAGGUGGCAGUGGUCAGUGCGUUCGCUCAGACCUUGAGACGCUACACCAGCCUGAACCACCUGGCCCAGGCGGCCCGGGCCGUCCUCCAGAACACCUCCCAGAUCAACCAGAUGCUCUCAGACCUCAACAGGGUGGACUUCGCUAACGUCCAGGAGCAGGCGUCGUGGGUGUGCCAGUGUGACGAGAGCGUGGUGCAGCGUUUGGAGCAGGACUUCAAGGUCACCCUGCAGCAGCAGAGCUCCCUGGACCAGUGGGCCACCUGGCUGGACAAUGUGGUGUCCCAGGUGCUGAAGCCUCACCAGGGGAGCCCCAGCUUCCCCAAAGCUGCUCGCCAGUUCCUGCUCAAAUGGUCCUUCUACAGCUCGAUGGUGAUCAGAGAUCUGACCCUGCGCAGCGCUGCCAGUUUCGGCUCCUUCCACCUGAUCCGUCUGCUGUACGACGAGUACAUGUUCUACCUGGUGGAGCACCGCGUGGCCCAGGCCACGGGGGAAACUCCCAUCGCCGUCAUGGGAGAGUUCAGCGACCUGAGCUCUAUGAUGCCACCGCUCAUGGAAGAAGACGCAUCUUUCUCCGAUGAGAUGAGCACUUUGGGCAGCGAUGCCGACGUGUCCCGAGCUCCUUCCGAACCGGCCGUGAAGAGGGAACGGAUCGACAUCAGCCACCCUCUGCAGGAGAUGUGAGUCCAGCCUGACCGCCACAGGGACCAGCAGCCGGGCCAGGAGGGGGCUCCAGGAACCGUUGGGGAUGCAGCCGGUGUGAAAUGUAAAUACUGAGAGUGUAGCAGUGUCAGUCAUCCCGUCACUAAUGUGUAAGAGGACAGUGUCCCCACUCCCUUUCCCCUCCUUCUCCAGCUCAUGAGGGUGUAAGACAGGUCCGAUUGUGUUUCUGUUUAUGAUGCAACUGUGAAUGACUUUGUGCAGUACCUUCUUCUUGGAUGUAUAAGUUGAGAGGUAGCGUGUGGCGUUUGUGAUUCAUCUUCUCCUCCCUCUUGCUCUAUUUUUCUUUUUUUUUCGAUUUAAAUUAGCUGUGCCAGUGUCAUUUGAGUGCCUUAGAUUGCUAACUUUGAAAUGACCACUACAGAUGUCUUAUCUGUCCUUCAGCCGUGCCUCUACUGCAGUAUGAAUGUAUCGUCUCCUAACCUCAAACAUUCAAAGAAGCACCUUUUUCAAGUUGUUUCGGUGUCGGCGUGCUCUUCUCUUCUGGUUGCCUUUGCUGCAGCUCGUAGCAAAACACAUGUGGGGGGUGAAGAAGGUUAGAAUAUAAAUAAAUCCGGGCAGCCCACUGACCCGAAGGGUCCGUGUACUUCGCGGCCAUCCGUUUUUUGUCUUGAAAUGACAAAAUAAAAAUAGAGAAAUAUCCAAAAUAAUCAGUUUCUCAUCUUUUGUUUUAGAAAACGGAUCGUUAUCCGUUAUCCGUUUUCAUUGAUGUGUUUGAAAAUCGAAAUUGGGAAUUAAAACAGCAAGUGGAAAACUCUUUUCUCCAUUUCCUAUUCGUUUCCAGUGGGGGGGACA